AUGAAGAAGCUGAAAAGUAAAUUGGAAAGCACAAAUACAGACAGUUUUGGAGUUUCUGGCAGUGAUUUCACAAGAACUCAAAAGUCUCAUCGCCAAUUUUUGGUUACGAGCACAAUGAAAAUGCAAACUGAAUCAACAGAUCAGCUGAAAUUGGACUUACCUCCUGUUGUGAAUCUGCCCUUCCAAAAUAAGAUACGAUCAUAGAAGCGAUCUAGAAAUCAAAUACGAACCAGCGAUUUAUUUAAUGUUUAUAAGGCACCUUAGACAUUGGCAACAAAUCCUGAAUCAUUGCUUAAAAAGAAAAGAUAAUAUCAGAUAUCAUAGAGCAUUAUUAAGUAUUAUUCCGAUGAAAUUACGGCUUUAAAAGAUCAGUAGAGUUUAGACGACUAGGAAAUAGAAAACUGCAUUUCCAAAUAUUUAAAUGAAGCAAUCCAAAGUCUCGAUGUCCUAAUUAAGAAGAUAUAGAAUUUGCUACAAUACAAACAAAACAGAGAGAAGAGUGAAUAGGAAAUGAAAGAAAUUAUGUAGGAAUGUUUUAAAUAGAAAAAUUUGUGUAUUCAAUAAAGGUUCUGUUAUAUAUUUGGCAAAAUGGAGUAGCUGUUCUUCAAUCCCUUGUCAGGGGCAAUCUAUUUUAAAUUAUGCAAACGAUUGUCUGACAACGAGAUAUUCUACAGGAAUAAGAUGAAAGCCUAUAGAGGAUUGGGUGAAUGCUUACUCAGAGUCAGACCUAAAUUGAGCCAGUUAUAUUUUACCAAAUAUUUAAUGUCAGCUUGGAAAUUGAACGAGAAGAAUCACGAACUAUAUGCGUAUGAUUUGUUAGGAAAAUAUUACUUUUAUGUUGGACAAAUCGAAAAGGCAAAGCUAUUCCAUGAGAAAAUGAUAGGAGGUUAUUGUGAAGUUCCUGAAUCCAGAGUUAGAAUAUUGGCUUAGAGUCGUUUAGAACAGGGGAGUCUCUCAAAUAGAAUUAAUAGGGAACAUCAAGUUGUCGACAUAGACGUUGUAACAUCUGAUGACGAAUGUUAUGAAAUUGUGUUGACUCAACCUUAACAAAUUAAAGUAGCCACCGUUAGUUCGGUCAAAUAUUUCCAAAGAAAGAUCCCUGAUCCCAAAUCAGUCAAAGAAGAAGCCAAUACAAAUAUUAGACAGAAGAAACCUAAAUAUAAUUCACAACUGCUGGAAAUUGGAGGGGAAUUCGACAUGUCUAAAUUAGUUAUCUCAAAUCCUCAUCUCAAUAUAGGGGCGAUUAAGGACAGAGUUUUGUUGAGUCACAUGAGUCCUAACAGAAAAUUGGAGAUGUAUUAAUAUCUCUGUUUGGCCAGUGAUAAGAACGCUUUCAAUAAUGUUAAUCUACUCUCUGGAUUGUAUGACAGAUUUGAAAUCAGCAAAAUCAAUAAGUAUCUAACAAAAUUGAUCUCUCUUUUGAGCACAGUAUAACAAUGGUUGAUGAGUUAAUAAAAGCAUAAGCAAGUUACUCGUAGAUUCGCAUUGGUUUGA